UUCUUUCAUAAUUAGCCCAUUUUUGAUUUUUCUCAUUUCUCUCCUCAUUCAAUUCUUUCAUCAUCUUUGACUUGUACUUCUACUUGGGCGGACGCGACCACAACUUAAAUUCUCUCUCCUUUCGGACAAUAAAAAGUUAAAAAAAAACAAGAAAACAUUCUCUCUCCUCAACCUCACCGGAGCUUAACCGCCGGCAAAUUCGCCGGUUUUUCUCUCUCCUCGAACUCCUAAACUUCUCCACCUUUUCAUAACAAAUUCCGCGACUUUUGCUUUUUCUCGGUUAUCGAGAAAAAAAAUCUCAAAGGUUGCCUCGGAAUUUGUAAGAUUGAUCUACUGUGGGAAGUGUAAUUGAAGGGUUUUUUUUUUUAAGGAAUUAGAAGAAUUUAGAUCUAGGGUUUUUAAUUUGGGGUAAUUUUUCUUAGGAGAGAGAAAUUUUAGACAGUUAUUGUGUUGGGUGAAUGGUCAAGGGGGUAAGUGAAGAGGAUGAAAGGCAGUGAUGUCAGAGAUCGGAGAGGCAGGCGAUUAACUGAAUUUCUCACAUGGAAUGGCAGAUCUUGUUAAGUAUGGUAAUGCCGAUCGUGACAUUGAGCAGGCAUUGAUUGCUUUAAAGAAGGGUGCUCAGUUACUUAAAUAUGGUCGUAAAGGAAAGCCAAAAUUUUGCCCAUUUAGACUUUCUAGUGAUGAAACAACUUUGAUUUGGCUGUCUAGUGGCCGUGAGAAAAGCAUAAAGCUAGCUUCUGUCUCAAGAAUUAUUCCUGGACAGAGAACUGCUGUUUUCAAGAGGUUUCUGCGUCCGGACAAGGAUUAUUUAUCAUUUUCUCUUCUAUACAACAAUGCAAAACGGUCUCUUGAUCUGAUCUGCAAAGAGAAAGUUGAGGCUGAGGUGUGGAUUGCUGGUCUCACAGCACUCAUAUCUGCGGGUAAAGGUGGGCGCUCAAAAAUUGACGGACGGAAUGAGGAAGUCCUUUCCUUUCAUGACAACAAAGAUCUGAUAUCAAGUAGUCCAAGUGACAGUUCUCUUACUUUAACACGAUAUCUUAGCUCGCCUGAGGACUCUCUUAGUUUUCAUGAUCCUAAGCAUAAUCAGUUUGUCAACUUUAUGUCUUCUGAGAAAUCUCAUGUAGCUUCCGAGAACAGAAAUAUGCAAGCUAAAGGAUCUGCUUCAGAUGUUUUCCGGGUUAGUGUUUCUAGUGCUCCCAGCACCUCUAGUCAUGGAUCUGCAGGCGAUGAUUGUGAUGCACUUGGUGAUGUGUACAUUUGGGGUGAGGUCAUAUGUGACAGUUCUUCAGUAGGUGGAGCUGAUAAAAGUGUAAAUUUUGCUACCACACGAGCGGAUUUUCUUCUUCCCAAGCCAUUAGAGUCUAAUGUUGUUCUAGAUGUACACCUCAUAGCUUGUGGUGUCCGGCAUGCUGCUCUUGUCACAAGGCAAGGUGAAGUUUUCACUUGGGGUGAGGAAUCUGGAGGUAGGCUGGGUCAUGGUGUGGGAAAGGAUGUUCUUCAACCUCGUCUAGUUGAAUCUUUAGUUGCCUAUAAUGUUGAUUUUGUUGCAUGUGGUGAGUUUCAUAGUUGUGCUGUAACAAUGUCUGGUGAGUUGUACACUUGGGGUGAUGGCACUCAUAACGCGGGGCUCCUUGGUAAUGGCACUGAAGUUAGUCACUGGAUACCAAAGAGAAUUGCUGGACCUCUUGAAGGGCUCCAAGUGGCUUCUGUAACUUGUGGUCCAUGGCAUACUGCUCUAAUAACAUCAACUGGGCAGCUCUUCACAUUUGGCGAUGGAACAUUUGGUGUCUUGGGCCAUGGAGACCGCGAAAAUGUUUCUUAUCCAAGGGAGGUGGAAUCUCUAUCUGGUUUAAGGACAAUUGCUGCUGCAUGUGGGGUGUGGCAUACUGCAGCUGUGGUUGAAGUUAUUGCAACUCAAUCCAAUUCCAGCAUUUCAUCUGGAAAACUAUUUACUUGGGGUGAUGGUGAUAAAAAUCGUCUUGGUCAAGGUGAUAAGGAUCCCCGGUUGAAACCAACAUGUGUGCCAUCACUUAUUGAAUACAAUUUUCAUAAAGUUGCUUGUGGGCACAGUUUGACUGUUGGGUUGACUACAGUGGGUCAUGUUUUUACGAUGGGGAGUACAGUUUAUGGUCAGCUCGGGAAUCCUUUCUCUGAUGGGAAACUACCUUGUUUGGUGGAAGAUAGACUUGGUAAUGAAACCGUUGAAGAGAUUGCCUGUGGUGCAUAUCAUGUGGCAGUGCUAACUUCCAGAAACGAGGUUUAUACAUGGGGAAAGGGAGCAAAUGGGAGGUUAGGCCAUGGAGACAUCGAGGACCGAAAAACGCCGACCUUGGUAGAGGCGCUCAAGGACAGACAUGUUAAAUAUAUUACUUGUGGUUCUACUUACUCAGCAGCUAUAUGUCUUCACAAAUGGGUAUCUGGUGCUGAGCAGUCUCAGUGCUCCUCUUGUAGGCAGGCUUUUGGAUUUACUCGAAAAAGACAUAACUGCUACAAUUGUGGACUUGUACACUGUCAUUCAUGUAGUUCAAAGAAAGCAUUUAGGGCAGCUCUUGCUCCAAAUCCUAGCAAACCUUACCGCGUAUGUGAUUCUUGUUUCACCAAACUGAGUAAAGUUUUGGAAGGUGGGAGCAAUAGAGGGAAAAGUUCUGGGCCUCGGCUCUCAGGUGAAAACAAAGAUAAGUUGGAUAAAGCAGAAUUAAGAUUGUCCAAGUCAAUGCUACCUUCUAAUAUGGAUUUAAUCAAGCAGUUAGAUACUAAAGCUGCCAAGCAAGGCAAGAAAGCUGAGACAUUUUCACUGAUACAGACUUCCCAAACACCUUCCUUGUUACAGCUGAAAGAUGUCGUUUUAUCUGGUAGUGUUGAUGUAAAGCACACAAUACCAAGGCCGAUUGCCACGUCAACAGCUGCUACUUCCAUUUCCAGACCCGUGUCACCCUUCUCACGUAAGCCAAGUCCUCCGCGUUCAGCAACUCCAGUUCCUACCACUUCUGGCUUGUCUUUCUCUAAAAGUAUCGCUGACAGUGUCAAGAAGACUAAUGAACUCUUAAAUCAAGAAGUUAUUAAAUUGCGGGCACAGGUUGAGAGCCUGCAGCAGCGAUGUGAACUUCAAGAGUUAGAGCUCCAGAAAUCGGCAAAAAGAACUCAAGAAGCUAUGUCGCUUGCUUCAGAAGAAUCUGCAAAAACCAAAGCUGCAAAAGAAGUAAUAAAGUCUCUUACUGCACAGCUUAAAGAUAUGGCUGAGAGGUUGCCACCAGGGGCUUAUGAUCCUGAGAACAUAAAGAUACCACAACUACCAAAUGGCUUGGAGCCAAAUGGUAUAAAUAUUGCUGACGCAACUGAAGAGAUUGCUUUGAGAACCGAUCCUGCAAAUGGUUCGUACAUUGCCUCGUUAACUGGAGUUGGUUCCUCCACGAUAAAUGGAACUCAAGGACCUCUACAAUCGUCGAGGGAAUCAUAUAUGCUCAAUGAAAACAGUUACCAGCAGAAUGAGGGUUUUGCAACCUCAAAGGUUAGAGAGGAUCAGCUACUUGCCAAAUUGUCAAAUGCUGCUGGAGGUCUCCAGGCAUGCAGCAGCAAUGUGUCUGAUGCUUCUGAUGCUCGGAUGUCUGCGUCAUCUCAAGAUGGCCACAAUAGUAUUAGGCCAAAAAGUCCAGUACCAUCAGUAGGUAAUAAUAAUAGUCAAGUAGAAGCAGAGUGGAUUGAACAGUACGAACCUGGUGUCUAUAUCACUCUGGUUGCCCUUCGAGAUGGAACUAGGGAUCUCAAAAGAGUGCGCUUCAGCCGAAGAAGAUUUGGAGAGCACCAGGCGGAAACAUGGUGGUCGGAGAAUCGUGAAAAGGUGUAUGAGAGGUACAAUGUUCGCGGGUCUGACAAGGUAUCUGUUUCCGGGCAAACAGCGAGAAGAUCAGAAGGAGCCAUGUCUCCUGCAUCCUCUUAUAACUAGCAGAUGACUGUAGGUAGGUGGUGACCCUGUAAAUUAUUGGGGAAGGCUAUUGGAAAGAAUUGGAUAUGAUGUUGAUAGAGUAAUCACAUUCUUCUACCCCUACUUUCAGAAUUUUGUUUUUCUUCACUUUAUUUAGGGGAUAAGAAACACCUUUUGACCCGUUCAUUGUCAUUCUAGUGUAUAUAAAUUAUUCAUUGCGAGAAUAUGGGAAAGUAUGAGUUUAGUUUAGUUUA